AUGGCAUACGGCGCAGUAGCAGAAGGUGCAGAUGUCCCGAUCGUCAUGUCGCUGAAGAGGUCGUUGACGUCGGGGAAGAAGUCGUCGUUAGGGAACUCGUCGUCAGUGAUGUCGCCGUUCGCAGCCACGAUGAACAAGACUCCAGCAGUCGCGUUGCUUGGUGGCCCUACCGACUUCUGCAAGUUAUUAGGACUAAAAUUAUUCCAUUGUCUCUGUCCAAUCUUGUCAUGGAAUGUUCGCGGCCUUAAUCAGCCGGCGAAGCGCGCGGCAAUCUGCGAAGUAGUUACGGCAAACAGGGCUGCAAUCCUAUGCCUGCAAGAAACCAAGAUAGAUAUCUGGACGCCCAGCCUCGUUAGGGAAAUCGGCGGAGCCGCCCUGACUGAAUGUGUAGUCCUCCCUGCGAUCGGCUCCCGCGGUGGAGCUGCUAUCUUCUGGAACAGCGAGCUGGUCAGCAUUGCAUCGCACGCCAUUGGCGAGUUUGCGAUCACUGCAAAAGUAACUCUUCUCCGGCAAUACAAAAGCUUCUGGCUCACCAUCGUGUACGGCCCAGCUGACGACGCCAGGAAGAAUGCUUUCCCUGUUGAAUUAGCUAGAACAGCUCCACCACCAACCGAUCCUUGGCUCAUAAACGGAGACUUCAAUCUGAUCUACGAGGCAAGGGACAAAAACAAUCUCCUCCUGAACCGUAGGAUCAUGGGCAAGUUUAGGCGGGCAAUCGACAACGCCGGCCUGAAAGAAAUCAAAUGCAAAAAUCGCCGCUUCACCUGGAGUAACGAGCGGGAGAACCCAACACUCGUUAGCAUCGACAAAUUUUUCUGCAACUGCAGCUGGGAAGAUCUGUUCCCCUCUAGUAUGCUGAUGGCUGCAUCCACGGCGUGCUCGGACCACUGCCCUCUGCUUCUAGCCGACGCAGCUGCUCCCCGCCGUCGCGCCAAAUUCAAAUUUGAAAGUUUUUGGCCGCAGUUCCCGCGCUUCCACGAGACGGUUGAUCAUGCCUGGAACAGACCUCUGCAGAGCAACUGCGCUUUCAAAUCUUUGUCGAUCAAGCUGGCGCGUACUGCACGAGACCUGAAGAUAUGGAGCUCCUCCCUUUUUAGUGAUGCUAAGCUCCAAUUCCACAUAGCUACAGAGAUCAUUCUGCGCCUCAACAUAGCCCAGGAGUCCCGCAACCUCUCCACACCAGAGUUCAAUCUCGGUCGACUCCUCAAGCAACGGCUGCUCGGCCUAGCUGCGAUCGAGCGUGCGCUCAAGCGCCAAGCCUCCCGGCUAACCUGGCUCAAGCUAGGCGGCGCGGGAACCAAGUUCUUCCAUGCGAAGAUGCGAUCAAGAAGAAGGAAAAACUUCAUCCACAGCCUACAAACGAGCAACGGAGUCGCCACAUCACACGAGGAUAAAGAGGCAGCCAUCUUCGAGCGCUUCAGUUCCGUCCUCGGCUCCAAAGGAGCCCGGACUAGAGCCAUAGACUGGAGCCAGCUACAGCUGCCGGAAAUAAGAGGAGGAGGCCUCGACAACCCGUUUUCUGAAGAAGAAGUCUGGGAGGCGAUCAAAGCCUCGCCAGCAGAAAAAGCCCCGGGCCCGGACGGCUUCAUUGGCGUUUUCUUCCGUAGUUGUUGGCAAACUAUCAAGCAUGACAUCAUGAAGGUUUUCCACCAGUUCUACUGCAUUGCCGGCGACAAUCUUGCUACGCUCAACUCCGCCCUGGUAGUCUUGAUCCCCAAAAAGGAUGGCGUGGCAACAGUUUCAGACUACAUGCCAAUCAGCCUAGUGCACUCCAUAGCUAAGCUAAUCACCAAAGUCCUCUCCAUGCGGCUCUCCAACAUCAUCGACUCCAUAAUCUCACCGGCGCAAUCUGCUUUCUUGGCAAAGAAGAGCACGCAUGAUAGUUUCCUCUACGUCCAAAAUGCAGUUAGGUCUCUACACAGAAGAAAAACUCCAGUGCUCCUGAUCAAGCUUGACAUAGCAAAAGCCUUCGACAAUGUAUGCUGGGAGUACCUUCUCGAGCUCCUCCAAGCCCUAGACUUCUCGGCGAGAUGGCGAGACUGGAUCACCAUGCUUCUAGCGUCUUCGACCUCCUCUUUUCUGCUGAAUGACGCGGACGGCAAGAAAAUAUUACACUACCGCGGGCUCAGGCAGGGCGAUCCCCUAUCCCCGCUUCUGUUCAUCAUCGCCAUUGACCCCCUGCAUCGACUUCUACAGCGCGCCAUGGAACUAGGCCAGCUCGACUCGCUGUCGGGCAGAGAUCUUUCGCUGCGCGUGAGUCUAUAUGCUGACGACGCCAUCAUUUUUGCGAACCCGGUGAAAGAGGAGAUCGACGCCCUGAUGGAUAUCAUCCACGAGUUUGGGCAAGCUUCAGGUCUGAAAGUGAACCUGCUAAAAUCUUCAGUCACUGCCAUCAGGUGCGACCUCAUCGACCUGCAGCAUGUGCUUCAGAAUUUCGGCGGGCAACAAACCCAAUUCCCCCUGAGCUAUCUUGGGCUGCCUGUCACCAUUUCUAGACUGCGCAUAGUGCAUCUGCAGUUCAUCCUGGACAGAAUCAGAGCGCGCCUGGCAGGAUGGAAAGGACGGCUCUUGUCCAUUGCAGGAAGGCGCGUUCUCGUCAGAAGCGUGCUCAGUGCACUCCCCACUUUUGCACUGGCUGUUCUGAAGGUACCAAAGAAACUCCUAGCCGAGGUGGACAAGAUCAGAAGACGCUUUCUAUGGGCUCAAGAGGAGGAGGUCAGUGGCGGGAAAUGCAAAGUAAACUGGCCUGUGGUGUGCUCUCCGAUUGACAACGGUGGGCUUGGCAUUCCAAACCUGCACCGUUUCAGCCGCGCCCUCAGACUUAGAUGGCUCUGGUUCUCCUGGGUAACACCAAACAGGCCUUGGGUGGGCAUGCAGCUGCCAUGCGAUCAAGGUGACAAAGAUCUGUUCAAUGCCUCAACAACGGUGACGCUGGGAGAUGGGAAAACGGCCAGUUUCUGGGACUGCUCCUGGACUGGCGCAAGAACUCUGAAAAUGGAGUUCCCUGAGCUCUACAAGCACUCAAGAAGAAAGAACAGGACCGUCCAUGCUGCACUACUAAAUGACACUUGGAUUGCUGACCUGGCCCACGGGAACACGCAACAACUAUGGCCUGAGGCGAUUCGCCUGAGCAGAUGGCUCAUCUCCAAGAACCUAAACCUAAACGACCAGCUGCAAGACACAAUUACAUGGAAGCACACGGCCUCGGGCUUUUUCUCCACCAGCUCGGCCUACAGCUGCCAAUUCCACGGGAUGAUCAAGACAAACUUCAGAAAGAUGCCAUGGCAGGUUUGGGCACCGGCACAGCUGAAAUUUUUGGUCUGGCUGCUGCUCAAGAAUAGGCUAUGGUGCAAUGACCGGCUCUAA